CGAUACGUGGCCGCCGCCUGUCCCCGCGGAGGAGGCGCAGCAGCCGGAGAUGGCGGCGGUGCUGAACGCCGAGCGACUUGAGGUGUCCGUCGACGGCCUCACGCUAAGCCCAGACCCGGAGGAGCGGCCCGGCGCGGAGGGCGCUCCGCUGCUGCCGCCGCCGCUGCCGCCGCCCUCGCCUCCUGGGUCCGGCCGGGUCCCGGGCGCCGCGGGAGAGCCGCUGGAGCCCGGAGAGGCGGCGGCUGGGGGCGCGGCGGAGGAGGCGCGGCGGCUGGAGCAGCGCUGGGGCUUCGGCCUGGAAGAGCUGUACGGCUUGGCGCUGCGCUUCUUCAAAGAAAAAGAUGGCAAAGCAUUUCAUCCAACUUAUGAAGAGAAACUGAAGCUUGUAGCACUGCAUAAGCAGGUUCUUAUGGGUCCAUAUAAUCCAGACACUUGUCCUGAGGUUGGAUUCUUUGAUGUGUUGGGGAAUGACCGGAGGAGAGAGUGGGCGGCCCUCGGAAACAUGUCUAAAGAGGAUGCCAUGUUAGAGUUUGUCAAGCUCCUAAAUAGGUGUUGCCAUCUCUUUUCAACAUAUGUUGCAUCACACAAGAUCGAGAAGGAAGAGCAAGAAAAAAAAAGGAAAGAGGAGGAGGAGCGGAGGCGUCGUGAAGAGGAAGAGAGAGAACGUCUGCAAAAGGAAGAAGAGAAACGCAGGCGAGAGGAGGAGGAACGGCUUCGACGGGAAGAGGAGGAGAGGAGGCGAGUAGAAGAAGAGAGACUUCGGUUGGAGCAGCAAAAGCAGCAGAUAAUGGCAGCUUUAAACUCCCAGACUGCCGUGCAGUUCCAGCAGUACGCAGCCCAACAGUAUCCAGGGAACUACGAACAGCAGCAAAUUCUCAUCCGCCAGUUGCAAGAGCAACACUAUCAGCAAUAUAUGCAGCAGUUGUAUCAAGUCCAGCUUGCACAGCAACAGGCAGCAUUACAGAAACAACAGGAAGUAGUAGUGGCUGGGGCCUCUUUGCCUACAUCAUCAAAAGUGAAUGCAACUGUAUCCAGUGAUAUGAUGUCAGUGAAUGGACAGGCCAAAACACACACUGACAACUCUGAAAAAGAACUUGAACCAGAAACUGCAGAAGAAGCCCUGGAGAAUGGACCAAAAGAAUCUCUUCCAGUGAUAGCAGCUCCAUCCAUGUGGACACGACCCCAGAUCAAAGACUUUAAAGAGAAAAUUCGGCAAGAUGCGGAUUCUGUGAUUACAGUGGGCCGAGGAGAAGUGGUCACAGUUCGAGUUCCUACCCAUGAAGAAGGAUCCUAUCUCUUUUGGGAAUUCGCUACAGACAAUUAUGACAUUGGGUUUGGGGUGUAUUUUGAAUGGACAGACUCUCCUAACACUGCUGUCAGCGUGCAUGUCAGUGAGUCCAGUGAUGACGACGAGGAGGAAGAAGAGAAUGUCACUUCUGAAGAGAAAGCAAAAAAGAAUGCCACCAAGCCCCUGCUGGAUGAGAUUGUGCCUGUGUACCGACGGGACUGUCACGAGGAAGUGUAUGCUGGCAGCCACCAGUAUCCAGGGAGAGGAGUCUAUCUCCUCAAGUUUGACAACUCCUACUCCUUGUGGAGGUCAAAGGCGGUUUACUACAGAGUCUAUUAUACUAGAUAAAGAUGUUAUUUCAGAGUCUGGAGGCUAGGGUUAGGCAGAAGAUGGCAUUUGAUUUGGAAAUUUCUUGACUUUUGUGGAUGGAACAUUAGAGCCAAUGUUUAUCCCAUUGAUUUUGGUCUGAUGCUUUGUGAACUCUUGUUGGGAGUGAGGAUUUCCAUAAGGCGCUUUUAGCAUUAACUCUUUGGGUUCAAAGGGAUUCCUCAGACUCCUCCAGCCCUCAGGUGCUGAUCAACAGAGUCACUAGUGGAUGCUGAAGUUACAUGAGCUACAUAUUAACUGUUUAAAGUCUCCAAAAU